AAACACUCCACAACAAAGUGAUUUCAUUAGAGAAAAGAUGGUAUUAUUUUGCGUCCCAGGUGCAUGGUAUGCUCUUCUCUGUCGGGAACAGCAACUUCACUAAUUUCAAGUCGAAAGGUGUAACGUUUAUUCAUGGGGCGACAGAUCUAAAGCGGCACUGGUGGAAUACUAGCUACCUGGGCUCAGAUGUACCUCAAGCUCCUAAAGGACAUUUUACAAAUACAAACAUAUUUUAUUUGUUUCAUCUCUCUCCCGUACAAAUGAAUUCAAGAUGGCAGACAUGUUAUCACCUGGAUUUGAGAUAUUAGUCAUGUUAUUGCAUAUUGUCUCUUCUCGCAAGCAACACACUCUACACCUUACUGAGGCUGGUUCAUAUAACUGAUCAUACCCGUGAGACUAAGUUUCUGCCAAUUCUUUUCAUGCUGUUGAAAACAAUGCUCAAUCAAAAUCACCUACUUCUUUUGCUGGGUCUGGCUGUUUUUUUUAUCAGUGAUAUUUCAAUGACAACAAGUGCAGUUUCCACAUCUACAACGGAUGGGACACCUAUAUCAACAGGUGCUGCUCAAAUAGAUCCCACAUGUCCGGGCGGUGUUGGCCAUCUUGGAACAAACUACACUAUUGUAGGUGACAGAAGCAACUAUACAGGCUUUGUAUGGGUUCGACCAAAUGAUGGCCGUAAUGUCGUCAUCUGCAACCCCAGCUGCAGCCCUGUGGAAGGAUAUAAAGCAACCAACGAUACACCUUCUGCACUCACCAUCGAAAGUGUUGAGAAGAUAGAUGCAGGGACUUGGAGCAUAGCGGUCGCAAAGGACACGGAUGUUUUUGUGGACGUGUGUAAGCUGACAGUAGCAAAAACUCCCGAAUGUAUCGUUAGCAGUGAUGGGGACACUGACGCACUUGACCUUGACACGACCCUGCUACUCACAGUGAAUGUGACCGACUACUAUUGUUCAGAAGAAGCUGGCUUAAGCGUUAUUACUGGUUCUGUCUUGGAGACGCUGAAGAUAAACCAAAACGUCAGUGAUGUCACUUCCGACGUUGUUAACAAAACCGUCACUAUUAACCUUUCAAGCCUUGGUGUCGUCAGAGUGAGGUUUACGUGUGACGCCACUAGUUAUGAUCUGAGCUGUCGUGGAGUUCAAAGGUUGUUAAAAAAUGAGGAGUAAGUGAUAUCAUUCAUCUACUGCAACCAGGUCAAACCACAGUGCAACAUCAGCAGCGAUACAGACACCAACGCUCUUGAACUUGGUACAAACCUCACCCUGACAAUGGACCUCAGAGGGUACUACUGUUCUCAACAAGCUGGGUUUGAUCUCAGAACUGGCAGCGUCACAGACGUCUUGUUACAAAACCAGACAACGAACAACAUCACAGACACUGUCCAGCACCACUCCUUCAACGUCACAUCUGACCGCUUUGGAGGUGUCAGUGUCACAUUCAGAUGUGACAACAGCAACAUAAUGCUUACUUGCGGUGGAGUUUCCAAACUAACAGCUGCUACAACAACAACAACAAACCCCGGGUCGACAGAAACAAGUACCAACAAUUCUAACGGCAGCAUGCAAACAAGCUCACCAUCGUCAUCGCCAUCGCCAUCGCCAUCGCCAUCGCCAUCGCCAUCUGAGGGGUCGACAACACCCAAAAGUACCACUUCUACUACUGAAUCAUCGCCAACAGACCUCGUCCUGGGACUUGCUAUAGGACUACCAGUAUUCGUUUGUGUUGUCGCACUUAUUGUUAUUGCAUGCAUUUACCAAAGGGAACGUCUGAAAAAAAUUGGACAGUACAUCUUAUCGGGAAGCCGUCGUUCUCAUUAUGCAAAUAAUGGAUGUCAAGAAUUUACUUUGUCAAAAAGAGACCCGGAACAAUAUAAACUUGACUGACUGUUGUCCUGAGCUGCCAACUGUCUCCAUACUGGUGCCUUCCACAUUAACUGAAAUGACUUUCAUAAGCAUAUUUCUCAGUCUCAUGCACAGGUUAUAUAUAUGCAACACAAAUAUUUGUUUUUUUUUAAAUCUUCUUGCCGAACAAGCCCAAUGUAUUGCCUAGGCAAACUCUACCGAUUCCCGAGGAUAUAAGGUUAUACUGGUAGGAUGUAGGAAUAAGCCAAUAAGCACAUUGAACGAUACAUAUGACACUUAUCUAAACGAACCUCGCACCAAAACAGAAAUUUCCUUGAAUAAGUAAGAUAUUAAAAUUAGCUAAAGAAUGGUAACACGGGUUUUUUAAAACAUUUUUUUUCUAGGUGUAACAGAAGUAUAAAUGGACCGGGCCUGAAGUAAACAAAUCUGUUUCGAUACAGAAAAAAAUCAUUUACAUAUUUGUGCAUACUAUAAUUCACUAACAUGAAUAAUGCAUGAAAUAUUUGGAAAUCAUUGAAAUUCGUGCAACUGUUUCCUUUUACAACAAGGACAGCUUGCGUAAUCUUCUAGCGUAAGAU